AACUUUGACAAGACCUCUGCUGUGCAUGUUAUAACCUCAAAAUAAAACAACACUCGUGGAAGUUGUAGAUUUUAACUGCAAAUGAUUGAUUAGUACAUUAUUUAUGUAUUUAAUAAACAAAUAAAUAUAAAACCACCUUUAUAUUGGUGGUCAUUUAUUGUUAUUCUUGUAUUAAGUACGUUUUACAAUGGGUAAACGUAAAGGUAAAUGUGUGAAGAAGAAUCCUACGACUAAGGAGUCUCUGGAGCCCGAGAACUUGGUGAAGGCGCCGCAUUCCUUCGUGAUCCACCGCGGACAAUGCAGCAAGGACCUCGUCGACCUGAUGAAGGACUUCAGGAAGGUCAUGGAGCCGUUUACUGCGUCUCAAUUGAAGGAAAGGAAAAAGAACACAAUAAAGGACUUUGUGUCAAUAUCCGGCUACCUCCAUGUCUCUCACAUGAUGGUGUUCACAGAGACAGAGCUUGGCUCCUACAUGCGCAUGGCUCGGUUACCUCGAGGACCUACGCUCACUUUCCGCAUUCAUAGUUACAGCUUAGCCCGCGACGUGAUCUCGUCUCUCCGCAAGCAGUAUGUGAUGAUGAAGGCAUUCCAGAAUGCUCCCCUCAUUGUGCUGAACAGCUUCUCCGGUGAAGGCAUGCACAUGAAGCUCAUGGCUACCAUGUUCCAGAAUAUGUUCCCUACUAUCAAUAUUACUACUGUAAAACUAAAGAACAUACGUCGUUGCGUGCUGAUGAACUACAACCCGUCUACAAAGCUAGUUGACAUGAGACACUACGCUAUCAGAGCUACGCCGGUCGGACUUAAUAAGGGAACUAAAAAGAUGGUGCAAGGCAAAAUACCCAAUUUGAACCGUUGCAAAGACAUGUCGGAAUUCUUUGACAAAGCUGGAAUGCUAUCAGAGAGCGAGUUCGAAGACGACCCGAACGCGCAAGUGAUCCUGCCACAGAACUUAGCGUCGCGAGGCGCCGCCGCGGAGUCUAAGUCAGCUAUUAGACUGUUCGAGUUAGGGCCCAGGAUAUCUUUCCAAUUAAUAAAGGUAGAAGAUGGACUAAUGGAUGGUGAAGUACUGUUCCAUGAACUGGUAGAGAAAACUGAAGAAGAGAAAGCUUUAAUUAAAAAGAAGAGAGAACAAAAGAGAAAGUUGAAAGAGAAACGUAAAGCACAGCAAGAAGAGAACGUCAAACGGAAACAGAAGGAGAAGGAGGAUCUCAAACAGAAGUCACUCGAGGGCAUGAAGAAAAAACAAGAUGUUACUGAGAGUGAGAGAUUAAUGGAGUUGGCGAAUGCCGAGUCGCAGCACGCCGAUAUGGAUCAAGAUGAUGACGAUGACGCGGACUAUUACAGGCAAGAGGUCGGCGUUGAACCCGAGAAAGACCUCUUCACACGCGACACGAAAAAACGGAAAGGAGAUGAAGACGGUCCACGAGGCUUCAAAAAGAUGAGGUUAGACAAAAAACUCAAAAAGAAAUACCAAAAUAAACAGGAGCCCAACAGACAAGAUGGCAAGGCUUAUAAGGGGAACCAGGGAGAUGGCAAAAGGCCUUUUAAGGGGAACCCAGGAGAAGGUAAGAGGCCUUUUAAGGGGAACCAAGGAGAUGGCAAGAGGCCUUUCAGAGGUAAUCAAAAUGACGGCAGAAAGUUCAAUAAUGACAAAGGCGGUGGCAGAAGGUUCCAAAGAGAUGGCAAUGAUGGUCAGAAACCUUUCAACAAACAAAAGAAAGUGUUCGGUGGCAAAAUAAACAAGUCUGGCAAAGGUAAAGGCGGACACAGCAAAGGUAAAGGAAAGAAAGGCAGAAAAUGACCAAGGAGUACUAAGUAGACAUUAAGAAUUUGUGUACUUAAUAAAAUAACAUUGAUU